UUUUCUUGCAGGAAAACGCGAAAUGAAAGUGAAAAGAAAAGACGUGAUCAAUUUAAUUUGUUAAUAAAUGAACUUUGUGCCAUGGUUUCUAUGAAUAAAAAGAAAAUGGACAAGACCACUGUGCUCAAAUCAACGAUUGCCUAUUUAAAGAACCACCAAGGUAGGUCUGCAUGA